UACGUCUCCGCGGCGCCGAUGUCGGAAGCGGCCAGGUGUGGGGCACCGGGCAAAUGGCGGUGCCACGGCGUCUAAUAGGGUGUGGAGGCACCUGGCCAUGCCCAUGGCCACGCCCAUCCCGACCCGCGCGCCAAUGGGCGCCUCGCUGGUGCGGCGAGAAAAUAACUGGCGGUCGGGGUACGCCUUUUAGUAGCCUCUGGUGCAGUGCAAGGCAUCCGCGGAGACUUGGGGUGCGUUUGACACCGGCAUGGAGAACCUCCUCACCGCCCUAGAGCUUCUACGCCCUACGCCCACGCCCCACAGCUAGUGAGAGCCAAGGGUCAGGAGGCAGCGUUUUGCACCAUGCGGCGCUGGUGAGUCGCUCCUUCCGUGUCCUCCCCGGCAGGAAGGAGCUUCUCUGUUGACGCCACCCUCAGGAGAGUGAAAAUAAAAAAAGAGAAAAAUAAGAGAAAGAGCUUAAGAACACCAUCACCUUUUAGGGAAAAUUUUAGAGUGGGGAAUCUUUCGAGGUCUCGUUCCAACAUUAUGAUGUUUGGAGAAGUGAGAAAAAUGAUGUAGAAGUGUGCGAAGCAGAUGGACAAUGCAGGCUUGUGGAGUAAAGAAGUGAGGAAAGGUUGAGGAAUCAUGUGAGGAAAAGCGUGAGCGUCUAGAUAAGAGGUAUCCAGAGUGAGUGGAUAAGAGUUAUCCAAAGUUCGGGCUGCGGACCUUGAACUGGUUCAAGUGGAGGAAUUCAAAUGAAAUGCAAUAAGUGAAUAAAUCAAUAAAUAUAGAAGGAAAUCUGAAUAUAUUCAAAAAAAGAAAUAAGAAGGGCAGCUGUAGGAAGCAGUGAAUGCAGCAAAUCAAGGGAGAAAAGAGAAGAGGAGAGAAGUGAGUUAGGAAGUGCAAGUGCGAGCGAUAGUCUCAUGUAACGAUCUGCGUUCGUUGGCGCGCGCGCGAAUGUGAUAUCCAAGAGAGCACCCAUCCGCCAUGGGCCCCAUACGCGCCUUCGUCAGGCCGUCCUGUGCCGCCGCCACGCCGGACCACUCGCACGCCCCUGCGAGCUUCUUCUGCCCAUCCACCCAGCCCUUCCCCUCCCACCACCAGCACCCCCAUCAUCAUCAUCAUCAUCAUCACCGCCCAUACUGCGCCCACGUCCCCGCGACCUUACCACCCCACCACCAUCACUAUCUUCACCAUCACCACCACCCCAGCAGUCGGCAUCCUCUCUACAUAGCCACCGCCGGCGGCGGCGGUUCCGGGUCCUCCUCCUCCUCCUCCCCCUCCCCCUCUGACCCCCAGCGAGUGGGCCUAGUGGUGUCCCCGGGCCCCAAGCCUUCCCUGUACAGUCAUUUUAAGAAGUUCUUGCCUCCUGGAGUGCCCUUGGCGGGUCCUCUGCCCGUUCUGUCGGCUCUGAGUCAAGGGCAGGGGAAGGGGUGGAGGGCUGUGGUGGAUGGCGGCGGAGUAGGAGGACUAGAAUGCGAGGGAAAGUGGGAUGAAGGUCAGAAGGAUUACGAAUGGGGCAGGAGGGAGAAGGGAGAGAAGGGGUCGUCGAAGGAUAAGGGAGAAAGCUCCGAUAAGAGGAACAGCACGGGGGAGGAGAUCAAAUGGAAGAAAGACUGCAGCCAAAACAAAUGGAAGACAGGGAGCACAUGCAAUAGUAGUACUAGCAGCGGUAGCGCCAUCUGCAACGGGUCCAAACUCGACCCAACCUCUCCCAAGAGCCAGUGGAGGAAAACAAACGACGAAGGCGGGAUUAGAGAAGCAGGAGGAGGAGAAGAAGCGAAGGGCAAGAGGGAUAGUAGAGCCGCUGCGGCAACAACACCCCUGACGGCCUGUUUAUCAUCGCUGCUGAAGAAACACGAGGACCCGCUGCCUUCGACGUCACGCGUGGCGCUCGUCUUUCCUUUCUCGGAAGACGAGGAUGAGGACGAUGAUGAGGAUAAUGGAUACGACGACUGUUGCGAAGGGGGAGGGGCGGUGCCGGGGGGCGAGAGCCGACGAGUGACGUGGCCUAUAUCAGACAUCGUCGAGACGGAGGAUGAGGAAGGCGAGACGCUGCAAGCUGUUAAAGAUGUUGCUAACGAGAAGGGAAUUCACCAGGACGAAAAAGAGGAAAAGGAGACGAACUACCGUCUACUGGCAACAGGGAAGCACUGCAAAGGAGAAAAGGACAGAGAGGAAGAGGAAGGAGAGCUCAGAAAAGGCGGGAAAAACCGGGACCUAGAAGUAAAAAAGGCGGGGAAAGAAGAGCCUGAUUCCAACCAGAGAAAAUCAGCCAAGCCAACCGAUCUCAGCGACGCCUGUCGCGUCCUAAAUCAUCUAGUCAAUGUUGUGAUCAAACACCCUCACGUUCGAGUACCUGAAGGGACGCUAGUGAGUGCCGCCCCCGCCUCCGCCGCCGGAGGCGUACUACAGGACAACGAUAAGGGCAGGAAAAGAGACGAGGUGACCGUGAGUCACCAGGGUAGGUCUAGUCAUCCACCUCUAACGGAGGAGCAUUCCGAAGGAACCGUCGCUGAUUCAUUACUGAACAAGAAAGAGAAGCGUCAAAGUGGCGACGUCCUUCUUGGAAAGGACGGGAGGACGAGGGAAGGGGAAGUCACAGGCGGCAGCAAGAAGGCAGAGGAAGAAGAGGGAGAAGAAGAAGAAGACCACGAGGAACGCGAAGAAGGGGAAGAAGAGGGAGAGAAACAGAAAGAUGGAGUGAGAGCCACUCAGCGUUUAAGGCCACGAAGUUACAGGCAGUUCCUGCUGACACGAGAGCGCCGGAGCCGCGUCUUCCUGAAGGAGAGGAGCUACCACCUGGGCCGUUGGUUCGUCACCCACUUCACGCAUCCCUACCCCUCGAAGGAGCAGAAGGACGUCUUAGCAGCCAAGACGAAGAUGACCAGGAAUCAGGUGAGCGAGUGGUUCGGAAACAUGCGUCGCAGGAUCCGGGAGGCCACCAGGGGCAGAGGCAUCUGCUGGGAGGAGCGCGUCAGGAUCUACAACUCCGUCAUCACCGGGAAAUCCGAGCCCCUGCCCAUUAUGCCCGAGGACGAGAUCAACACGUGGGUGCCGCCCGUGGCGCAGGAUCCCCCAACGACGGAUCCUCACGAGGAAGUAUCAGCCUCACAGAAGUUCAAGACAACCCUUUUACACAGAUACCUGAAUAACUCUGAGGCUGGAGAUUUCUGUUCUGCGGAUGGUAUGGCCGAUUCAACGAACUCCGCUCCCAUCAACGCCACUGCCACGUUCAUCGUCAAUUCCAGCCUCAUGCCUACAUCAGGAGGGGACUUUCUCAGGCACUACCAGGAAGGACCUAGCACUUCGUCAGACACUGCAGAAACUCAGACUGAGGGCUUCCUGAGUAACCACUUUCCUCACAUCUUCCCAUUGUGCACUUCUAGUCCGAAGGAGAACAUUAAGAAGCUCUGGAAUAACUCCUUUGAGCAUAUCAAAGACAACUACAUGCCCCCUGUCAACAAUCGUAUAUUAAUCAAAGAACAGAGAGUGAAACCUGUACAAGGAGGAUCCUCUGAUGAGACCAGAAAGCUUGCAAAGAGGUCAGAGACCAUGCUGCACGGAGAUGAGGGCACGGGACAAACGUCUGCUAAGAAAGCGCGUAUCGCAGUGUCCCCCAACAGAGAGUGGUUUCAGAGACCGUCGACUUCAAAGUACCCUUCUGAUCAAGGGGUGAUCUGCUCCCAGUUUGAAGCAGAGAAAAGCAAAGAUCUGUUAAGGUCUCACAUAGUUUCAGGGCCGAAAGUGCCCUUGUCGUGCUGGGGCAUUCGCCGGCCGGUCAUUGAGCAUAGUAGGUCUAUAGGAGAAAAAUCUUCUGAAGAGGAGCACUCAAGGCAGCCAGAGGAGUUGGCAGCAGCCUAUACACUGAUGCAACUGCAGCACAUGUAAUCCAGCAUUUGAAUCAUUGUCUGACGGGGGCGUCAUCACCAAGGCCUACCUGCGAGGUUUGCUGCCAACCAGCCAGCAGUCACUAGGAGACUAUCAUUAAGCCUGGGAAGUCCCAUCUUGCUAUUCAAGCCUCCAGAUCAGAUCUCUGCAAGUUUAGUUCUCCGACAGGGAGGGCAGGGUUCGCCUGUCAUCAUAGUGUUUUAGUUUAAAAGAACCUCACUGGAAAACUGAAAAUCCUUUCUGUGAUUCUGGAAGUGGUAUCGUUCUGUGCCUGUGUGGAGAAUUUUGGUAAUUCUCUCAAACGAAUUCCCCAUUUGAAAAUCCUUUUUUGUUUUAAUGAACUCUUGUUGUGUUCUUUCAGUGGAGAAAAACAAAAUGACUUGAUAAUUCCAACGCCAACAGAAAGCGCAAAUUUCGCCAUCCCUCUGGAAAGCGGUUUUGUUUGAGAAUUUAAAGAAAAUAGUUUUGUCAUAAUCUUCUGUAGCAGUGUCCACGAAGACAGUGAGAAUGAGUGAAAGUCCCCUUUUGAUACUUGUGGGAAACUUGCUUCCAAGCAACAUAACUAGUCAGUGACGUAGACUCACCAUAGAAGUUUUGUUUUUUAUUUGAGUUUCGUACAAGGUACUGCAUCUUCAGAUUUAUAUCAACCAGUGGAAGCAACAAUAUCCUUGAUCAGUGAAAUGUAAGCUGAAGAUGAAUAAUGCAGACUGAAGGCGACUUGCGUUUGAUAAUAAUUGGAUUGAUGCUGAAGUCAGCCCAAGGAAAGUGGGAAGAGAUAUAAAUCUUUUGUAGUUGGUCAGCCGAUUUCGGAAUUGCAGUUUUCUGUAAUAGUACAACACCUGCACUUUUGUACAAAGUUGAAACACCUGAGGUCAUAGAUUAACAUACAGUGCCUGCUAAACAUUUAGGAAUACCAUUUAUAUAUAUAUGUGUAAUGGUGCUUUUAGUACAGUAUUUGAUAAUUGAUAUCGUAAAUGCUUUUUGUGGUUUAUUUAGUAUGACGUGACUGAUUUCAGCCGACUCUAUGUUAAUGCUCAAGUUUGUGGAAAUCUUAGGACAAUGUGUGUGUUAGUGCCUAUAGCCCGAGUUAUGUGGAGGGAAACAGAUAAUCAUCAGACAGUUUUAAUGGAAGGAAGCUGUUCCUAUCCAUUACCUUCAACUGUAUUAAAGCAGAGUCUGGGGCCUGUAGAAACCGAGGCUUUGAUUGUCAAUAUGAUUAACAGUGAGUCCAAGGAACGUGCUUGAGAAGGAUCCUUGAAAGGAUACCACAAUCAUGAAUUAAUUUUUGCCAUCUUUCUGACGUAUUCAGGGCUACACUUUGCCCUCCUCAUAAAAGCUUUUUUUUUUUUUUUUUUUUUGUAUACUCGUCAUUGUAGAUAUGCUCAAAGCAGGUCUUUGGGCAAAUUUUAGGGAUUGCCAUCAGCGUUGUCUCUUAAUGUUUACGUUUUAGUAAACUCAAGAGUGUAGAUUUUUUUUGUAAAUAGGUAAUGGACUUGGAAUAGUAAGUUUUACUUUCUUAUGCAUCUUUUGUUUAUUAUUUUUACUCUUGCUUUUUUUCUAUUACAAAACUCUUCAUAGAGAUAGAGAGAGAGAGGUGGAGGGGGUGUCGGGAGAAGGAAAAAGAAGUGAUUUAUAGAGAGAUAUUUGUAGUUAAAUUUUAAAGAAACUGACCUCCCUAUGUGAUACCACAGAAUUAUGAGGUUAGGGUUAUGUUCAUUGUUGGAGAUUAUAAAUUUGAUAGUGAAGGAAUAAAAAGGCAUCCGUGAACCUAUACCAGAAUUAGUGCCAGGUCUAUGCGGCAUAGGACUAGUAGUAUUCGAAAUUUUGCGGAAGACUGACCCUAGGAUAAUUAUUUGAGUGUGGUUCCUUGUAAAAGUAUAAAUCAAAGUUAAAACCUUUUGAGAACUUCAGCAGUCAGCACUAUGACAUUUGCAAACACUGUUCCCUAUCCUUAGGGCAUCAUUUAAUUUGAAUUGCAAACGUGAUAUUAACUCAUAACCUAACUUAUCCAUGGGUUCAAGGUCCUACCCAGCCUAUAUCUUACCUAACCGAUCCCAGGGUAAUAUAUCCUACCAUACCAAUCCUAAGGUGACAUGUCCUACUUAACCUAUCCAAAGGCAGUGUACCUUGCCUACCCUUUCCUUUGGUAAUAUAUCUAUCUCACCUUCCUUGGGGCACAAUGUCUCACCUAAGCUGUUCCAGGUUAGGUGAGACCUGACCUUCCUUAGGGCACAAUGUCUCACCUAACCUGUUCCAGGGAGCCAAAACCAACCUGCCCUGUUCUGGGUUAGUAUGAACCGACCCUCAACAGGCCACUUUAUCCUACAAAAACCUAAUAUUUGAAAUAGCUCUUGUGAUGUUUUAUCCUUAGUAGAUGAGCUGUAGUAAGUCCAAAAAUCACAAGUAUAUAUCCUUAGUAGAUGAGCUGUAGUAAGUCCAAAAAUCACAAGUACAUGCCUUAGUAGACAUCACAGGAGUGAUGUUCGCGUUUGUUUAUCAUUUCAAAAAGGCGCCUCAAGUAUGUAUCAAGAACUGUUACAGUCGUACAGAAGACAUUUUAUAAUGAAGUUUGUGUUAUAGCUGAACAGGUAAAGAUGUAGUCUAACAAAUAUUUAAAUCUUUAAAGGUGUGUGAGUCACGAAAUUAUAAUCAUUUAGGCCGUGAACCACAGUCUUAACGAUUUAAUUUUUAGAAAGAUUCUUGAGAGCUGGAGACCUUAGAAAAUAGCAUUUUAUUACUGCUUUGAAAAUUUAGUUACGGGGUCAAAGGCGAUUUGAAAGUCUGUUCUGAUCUAAAAGGGCAUAAAAUAUUAUGUGGGGUUGUGAAUACCUGAAGAUCUUUGGACUGAGCUGGAAUUGUGGUUAAUUCCCCAUAACCAAAUUAAGAAAAAACAAAACUGGUUUAAUUGAAAUUUGCCAUCUCUCUCUCUCUCUCUCUCUCUCUCUCUCUCUCUCUCUCUCUCUCUCUCUUUGAAAAAUGUAAAUAUUAUUUGUAUUUUAGCCAACUGGCGAGAGUUUCCUAUUGCAGUGUUGAGGUGAAACAUUGUCUUGAAGAAUCUCAUGCAAAAAAAAAAAAAAAAUUAUUGGUGACGUUUAAAUGAACAUUUCAGAAUUUUUGGUUUGCAAACAAGUCGGUUUUGUUCAUGUGGAUUAAAAAAAAAAAAGCGUGUGUGUACAUUUCCCAGUAUUAUUGUAUAUUGAAGAAUAAGUCUCAAUGAAGUUGACGAGGGCCUGAGGUUGGACAAUUUAACAAAAGGUGUAUAUAACCAAUGGCCCCUUCGGUUUUUGUGACUUGGAAAUACUUUUCGGUUUUAUCAUGAUGCACCUUACAUAGGUGACCACAAAGGAAAGUGAGUGAAAUGUUGACUUUAUCAUACUUGAACGUUUUAUUACGCCGCACCUUACAUAGCUAACUCCAAAUUAAAGUGAGCAAAAUGUUACGGAAUCUGACGAUGACAUGAAAGUGAUCGGGAGUAAGGAGUCUUCAGUUUUGCAGAAUUGUUGUCUUUCCUUAUUCAUUCGUUUUAUUUAUUUCUUGUGAUAAUCUAGAGGUAAUUUAGAAAGGACAUCAUCAAAGAGGAAGGGAAACCAGGUGCUGUUCUAUUUACUUCAAUUUUUUUUUUUUUUUUUU